UGUUCAUGAAAUCAUUCGCAAGUGAACCGAGCUGGCCGGACAGCGCAGUGUGCCGACUUUACCACGUUGGAUAGAGUAUGGGACAGAAGACGUGAACACAAACAACUGGACUUGAUGUCAUUUUCUUUCUUGUAUCUUUUGUUGUUGCUGAAAAGAGAUUUGAUAUUUUCGUGAGAGGAUAUUGGAUUUCCCGUGCAGAUUGUACAUGAUAUAUUCAGCACAGAAGGGUUUCUUAUGAAGCACAAAUACAUUUUUAAGAAUUGAAUAACAGCUGCUUACUGACUGCCAAACCUUUUUAAUAUUUAUUAUUAUUAUUAUUUUAUUUUUGAUCUGGUCUCUGGGUGUAUUCAAACUCAUCCAGUAAGAACAAAGGUGUUUGAAAAACAAGUUAGACUGGAACUGAAAUUCGGGAAGAAUUGAAACUACCAAGAAGAUACGUCUACUGACUGUCAUACUGAGUACAAACUAAACUCCAGCAGCGCCAAGUCGCUACUUCAGUUCUGAAACUAAACUCUAGCAGCACCAAGUCGAUACUUCAGUUCUGAAACUAAACUCUAGCAGCGCGCUAAGGAAUUCUGUUGCCAGCUUCAAACGGUCAUGCUUCGCUUCGUAUGAACGUCGCGGGAUACAACCUUGUGGGGUUUCAGCUUCAAAAGGAACAGUAAGUUUUGUUUUUUUUUUAGUGUGGGAACAAAGCAGUUUUGUGGUUACUAAGGGUACUUAAUAGUUUUCUGAAAAGCAAAGAAAAAAGUUAGAACCAUCAAUAAAAGUUUGGAAUUCCAUCUGGAUCCUUGGCUUCGUUGAUGUUGACGUUUACACACGGCACUUUGGCAGUAGAUAGUUCUGCUUUUUUAAGUUUUGGAUUUCUGAACUUGGUCCCAGAUUAAAUUUGCCCCGGUGUUGUCCCGUGGCACUGUGACCGGGUCUCACAAGCGCCACCAUGCUGCGCAAUGGAAACGCUCAAGAAAACCCGACCCAGACCGAAGCAGAUGGAAAUGCCCUCUCAGAGCCCGCGACCAGCCCCACACAUUUCCCCCUCCCCAACUACCCCAAACUGGAGAUCAAAAAGAACGCCGUGACUGACGACUUCAAAGUCUCCAGCCGGGUCCUGGGGCUGGGCAUCAAUGGAAAAGUACUGGAGUGCUACAGCAAGAAAACCGGGGAGAAGUGCGCGCUGAAGAUCCUGCACGACAGCCCGAAGGCUCGGCGCGAGGUGGAGCUGCACUGGAGAGUGUCCGGCGGGCCCCACGUGGUGAGGAUCAUCAACCUGUACGAGAACAUGCACCAUGGCAACAAGUGCCUCCUCAUCGUCAUGGAGUGCAUGGAGGGAGGGGAGCUGUUCAGCAGGAUCCAGGCUCGGGGAGACCAAGCGUUCACUGAAAGGGAGGCGUCGGAAAUCAUGCGAGAUAUCGGCACGGCUAUCGAGUACCUCCAUCUGAUGAACAUUGCUCACCGAGACGUGAAGCCUGAGAACCUGCUGUACACAGUGAAGGAACAGAACGCUGUUCUCAAGCUCACAGACUUCGGCUUUGCGAAGGAGACCACGAUGCACAACUCGCUGCAGACACCCUGUUACACUCCCUAUUACGUGGCUCCGGAGGUGCUGGGCCCAGAGAAGUACGACAAGUCCUGUGACAUGUGGUCUCUGGGAGUCAUCAUGUACAUCCUUCUGUGUGGAUUCCCUCCCUUCUACUCCAACACGGGCCAGGCCAUUUCUCCCGGGAUGAAGCGGCGGAUCCGCAUGGGCCAGUACGAGUUUCCCAACCCAGAGUGGGCGGAAGUCUCGGAGGAAGCGAAGCAGCUGAUUCACCAGUUGUUGAAGACAGACCCCAGUGAGAGAAUGGCAAUCUCACAGUUCAUGAACCACCCCUGGAUCAAUCAGUCGAUGGUGGUGCCACCCACACCCCUGCACACAACGAGGGUCCUGCAGGAGGACAGGGAGAUGUGGGACGAGGUCAAGGAGGAGAUGACCAGUGCUUUGGCCACGAUGCGCGUCGACUACGACCAGGUCAAGAUCAAGGAUCUGGACACCUCCAGCAACCCACUGCUCAACAAGCGGAGGAAGAAAGGGGCGGGGGGCAGGGGGGGCUCGUCCACAGUGUGCAACAGCCAGUGAAGACUCCCCCAAACCAAACUGCAGCUCUGCACUGUGCGGGAACGAGCGGAUCACAAUAGGAAGAACACACUGUGUGUGUGCGUGUGCGUGCGUGUGUGUGUGUGUGGC